CACUCUCUUCUCUCUCCUAUCCACCACAAAGAAAACACAUUCCAAAUCCAAACCCCUUCUCUCUCUCUCUCUCUCUCUCUCUCUCUACCCACUUCUUCCCCUGAGGACUCAGCAGUAUCAAUGGCGUUAUCGAGCCCCCCAUUACAAAGAUCAUUCCUCUUGAACAGGAUCAUCGACGUCUCCAGCUCCGCCCACAGGUCCUCCAAGAAGAACGCCGCUCCGGUCAAGGGAAGGGGAGGCAGCAGGUGCUGCUCCGCGAUUGCAAUCGACGCGCCGUCGACUGCUUCUGCCGGCGCAGCGGGCGUUCGAUGGGGCUCGGUCAAGUUGCAGGGCGCCCGCGAGGAGAUGGAAGACGACGCCGUCGUUGUUCGGUCCGAUGACCUCGACGGUUUCUCUUACGCCGCGGUUUUUGAUGGGCACGCGGGGUUCUCUUCCGUCAAGUUUCUAAGGGAGGAGCUUUACAAAGAGUGUGUCACAACUUUACAAAGUGGGUUGCUGUUAAGUGGAAAGGACUUAAACAACACUAGUAAGGCAUUACAAGAGGCUUUUGAAAAAGCCGAUGCAAAAUUGUUACGUUGGCUUGACGAGAGUAGAGAGGAGGUCGAAUCUGGCUCAACAGCUACUGUUUUGUUCAUCGGCAAUGAGAGAAUAUUCGUUGCACAUGUUGGUGACUCAUGUGUGGUUCUAUCACGUUCUGGAAAAGCAGAGGUCUUAACAAAUCCUCAUCGACCCUAUGGAAGAAAUAGGGUUUCUCUCCAGGAAAUCAAGCGGAUUACAGAAGCAGGUGGAUGGAUUGUCGAUGGGAGAAUUUGUGGAGACAUCUCAGUUUCCCGUGCUUUUGGUGACAUGCGUUUUAAGACAAAGAAGAAAGAGAUGCUGGAGAAGGGGCUUGAAGAAGGAAGAUGGUCGCCAAAGUUUAUUUCUCGAGUACAAUUCACUGGAGACCUGGUUACGGCAACUCCUGAUAUUUAUCAAGUAACUCUUGGCUCAGAUGCAGAGUUCAUAUUACUAGCAUCUGAUGGCUUGUGGGAUUACAUGAACAGCUCCGAAGCAGUUAAUUUUGUUAGGGAUCAGCUUCGGAAACAUGGGGAUGUUCAGUUAGCAUGUGAGGCCCUUGGACGAGCAGCUCUGGACCGACGCUCACAAGAUAAUGUCAGCAUUGUCAUUGCUGAUUUGGGGCGGACAGACUGGCAAAGCUUGCCUCUGCAGCAAGAAAGUUUUGUUUAUGAAAUGGGUCAAGCUUUUGCUACAAUUGUUAUGGUGUCAUUAGGAAUAUGGAUGUCAUCUCAGUUCUCUUUAUGAGCUCAACCUUGCUGACAUUGUAUAUUGGUCCUCGGAUUCUAUUUGGUGUGUAUAUACGCGUUUCUCUUGUAUAUAUGAAUGUAUCACAUCUUAUUGCUAUUAAAAGUUAGUCCUAUCAUUUUCCUUCACUAACAAA